CCUCUGCUCCCCGCUCGCCUCCGCCUCAGCGCCCCGCUGACUUCGCCUCCUCCGCUCCGCUCUUUGUCCCCGCACUCUCCCCUCCUCGGUCCUCUGACCACCCCUGCCCUCGCCUCCUCCCCUCCUCUCUCCCCUGCCCGUCCCCCGCUCUCCCACGGCUCCCGCCGCCCCCGCCGCCGCGGCUGCCACUCCGCCCCCCGCGCCGCGCGGAGCCCCAGUAAUAACCCCGGCGCGGCGGCGGCGGAGUCGCUGUGGGGAAUCCUCCCGCGCUCUGCCUGGAUCGGGUCCUCCCUGCCCGCUCGCACGCUGCCGGCCGGGGACCCUCCGGUGGCCCCUAGCCCCUCGGAGCGCUCCUGGAUGAAGCCCCGCGCGCGCGGAUGGCGGGGCUGGGCGGCGCUGUGGAUGCUGCUGGCGCAGGUGGCCGAGCAGGCACUUGCGUGCGCCAUGGGACCCGCAGCGGCAGCGCCUGGGAGCCCGAGCGUCCCGCGUCCUCCUCCACCCGCGGAGCGGCCGGGCUGGAUGGAAAAUGGCGAAUAUGACCUGGUCUCUGCCUAUGAGGUUGACCACAGGGGCGAUUACGUGUCCCACGAAAUCAUGCACCAUCAGCGGCGGAGAAGAGCAGUGGCCGUGUCAGGGGUUGAGUCUCUUCACCUUCGGCUGAAAGGCUCCAGGCAUGACUUCCACAUGGAUUUGAGGACUUCCAGCAGGCUGGUGGCUCCUGGCUUUAUUGUGCAGACGUUGGGAAAGACAGGCACUAAGUCUGUGCAGACUUUACCGCCAGAGAACUUCUGUUUCUAUCAAGGCUCUUUGCGAUCCCACAGAAACUCCUCAGUGGCCCUUUCAACCUGCCAAGGCUUGUCAGGCAUGAUACGAACAGAAGAGGCAGAUUACUUCCUAAAGCCACUUCCUUCACACCUCUCAUGGAAACUCGGCAGAGCUGCCCAGGGCAGCUCACCGUCCCACAUACUAUACAAGAGAUCCACAGAGCCCCAUGCUCCUGGGGCCAGUGAGGUCCUGGUGACCUCGAGGACAUGGGAGCUGGCACAUCAACCCCUGCACAGCAGCGACCUUCACCUGGGACUGCCACAAAAGCAGCAUUUCUGUGGAAGACGCAAGAAAUACAUGCCCCAGCCUCCCAAGGAAGACCUCUUCAUCUUGCCAGACGAGUAUAAGUCUUGCUUACGGCAUAAGCGCUCUCUUCUGAGGUCCCAUAGAAAUGAAGAACUGAACGUGGAGACCUUGGUGGUGGUGGACAAAAAGAUGAUGCAAAACCAUGGCUACGAAAAUAUCACCACCUACGUGCUCACGAUACUCAACAUGGUGUCUGCUUUAUUCAAAGAUGGAACAAUAGGAGGAAACAUCAACAUUGCAAUUGUAGGUCUGAUUCUUCUAGAAGAUGAACAGCCAGGGCUGGUGAUAAGUCACCACGCAGACCACACCUUAAGUAGCUUCUGCCAGUGGCAGUCUGGAUUGAUGGGGAAAGAUGGGACUCGUCAUGACCACGCCAUCUUACUGACUGGUCUGGAUAUAUGUUCCUGGAAGAAUGAACCCUGUGAUACUUUGGGAUUUGCACCCAUAAGUGGAAUGUGUAGUAAAUAUCGCAGCUGCACGAUUAAUGAAGAUACAGGUCUGGGACUGGCCUUCACCAUUGCCCAUGAGUCUGGACACAACUUUGGCAUGAUUCAUGACGGAGAAGGGAACAUGUGCAAAAAGUCCGAGGGCAACAUCAUGUCCCCUACGUUGGCAGGACGCAAUGGAGUCUUCUCCUGGUCACCUUGCAGCCGCCAGUAUCUACACAAAUUUCUAAGCACCGCUCAAGCUAUCUGCCUUGCUGAUCAGCCAAAGCCUGUGAAGGAAUACAAGUAUCCUGAGAAAUUGCCAGGAGAAUUAUAUGAUGCAAACACACAGUGCAAGUGGCAGUUCGGAGAGAAAGCCAAGCUCUGCAUGCUGGACUUUAAAAAGGACAUCUGUAAAGCCCUGUGGUGCCAUCGUAUUGGAAGAAAAUGUGAGACUAAAUUUAUGCCAGCAGCAGAAGGCACUAUUUGUGGGCAUGACAUGUGGUGCCGGGGAGGACAGUGUGUGAAAUAUGGUGAUGAAGGCCCGAAGCCCACGCAUGGCCACUGGUCGGACUGGUCUUCCUGGUCCCCAUGCUCCAGGACCUGUGGAGGGGGAGUGUCUCAUAGGAGUCGCCUCUGCACCAACCCCAAGCCAUCGCAUGGAGGGAAGUUUUGUGAGGGCUCCACUCGCACUCUGAAGCUCUGCAACAGUCAGAAAUGUCCCCGGGACAGUGUUGACUUCCGCACCGCUCAGUGCACCGAGCACAACAGCAGACGGUUCAGAGGGCGGCACUACAAGUGGAAGCCUUACACUCAAGUAGAAGAUCAGGACUUAUGCAAACUCUACUGUAUCGCAGAAGGAUUUGAUUUCUUCUUUUCUUUGUCAAAUAAAGUCAAAGAUGGGACUCCAUGCUCGGAGGAUAGCCGUAAUGUUUGUAUAGAUGGGAUAUGUGAGAGAGUUGGAUGUGACAAUGUCCUUGGAUCUGAUGCUGUUGAAGAUGUCUGUGGGGUGUGUAACGGGAAUAACUCAGCCUGCACGAUUCACAGGGGACUCUACACCAAGCACCACCACACCAACCAGUAUUAUCACAUGGUCACCAUUCCUUCUGGAGCCCGGAGUAUCCGCAUCUAUGAAAUGAAUGUCUCUACCUCCUACAUUUCUGUGCGCAAUGCCCUCAGAAGGUACUACCUGAAUGGGCACUGGACCGUGGACUGGCCCGGCCGGUACAAAUUUUCGGGCACUACUUUCGACUACAGACGGUCCUAUAAUGAGCCCGAGAACUUAAUCGCUGCUGGACCAACCAACGAAACACUGAUUGUGGAGCUGCUGUUUCAGGGAAGGAACCCGGGUGUUGCCUGGGGAUACUCCAUGCCUCGCCUGGGAACUGAGAAGCAGCCCCCCGCCCAGCCCAGCUACACCUGGGCCAUCGCGCGUUCGGAGUGCUCUGUGUCCUGCGGAGGGGGACAGAUGACCGUGAGAGAGGGCUGCUACAGAGACCUGAAAUUUCAAGUAAAUACGUCCUUCUGUAAUCCCAAGACCCGACCUGUCACGGGGCUGGUGCCUUGCAAAGUAUCUGCCUGUCCUCCCAGCUGGUCCGUGGGGAACUGGAGUGCCUGCAGUCGGACGUGUGGCGGGGGUGCCCAGAGCCGCGCCGUGCAGUGCACACGGCGGGUGCACUAUGACUCGGAGCCAGUCCCGGCCAGCCUGUGCCCUCAGCCUGCUCCCUCCAGCAGGCAGGCCUGCAACUCUCAGAGCUGCCCACCUGCAUGGAGCACCGGGCCCUGGGCAGAGGUAACCAGGGCGGGGUUGGCAUGGGCGGCGGCAGGGCCCCUGCAUGAUGUGCUGUGUUGCACAUGGCCCUCACUGGGUGCUGAUCCUGACUGUUCUGUGCAGUGCUCACACACCUGUGGGAAGGGGUGGAGGAAGCGGGCAGUGGCCUGUAAGAGCACCAACCCCUCGGCCAGAGCACAGCUGCUGCCCGACGCUGUCUGCACCUCAGAGCCCAAGCCCAGGGUGCAUGAAGCCUGUCUGCUUCAGCGCUGCCACAAGCCCAAGAAGCUGCAGUGGCUGGUGUCCGCCUGGUCCCAGUGCUCUGUGACAUGUGAAAGAGGAACACAGAAAAGAUUCUUAAAAUGUGCUGAAAAGUAUGUUUCUGGAAAGUAUCGAGAGCUGGCCUCAAAGAAGUGCUCGCAUUUGCCGAAGCCCAGCCUGGAGCUGGAACGUGCCUGCGCCCCGCUUCCAUGCCCCAAGCACCCCCCAUUUGCUGCUGCAGGACCCUCGAGGGGCAGCUGGUUUGCCUCACCCUGGUCUCAGUGCACAGCCAGCUGUGGGGGUGGCGUUCAGACGAGGUCCGUGCAGUGCCUGGCCGGGGGCCGGCCGGCCUCAGGCUGCCUCCUGCACCAGAAGCCUUCGGCCUCCCUGGCCUGCAACACUCACUUCUGCCCCAUUGCAGAGAAGAAAGGAAGUCAAGGAAGAAUCCAUUUCACUGGGCAGAGAAAUCCUUGUGCCUGGGGCCAGCCUGGAAACACAUGCCUUUGCCACGGCCUCUCCUGGCCAUACUGCCAAAUCUGCAUCAGAUGGAACUCUGUAGCAUUGCCUCUCUUCGUGGCUGCCUCCCGCGUCUUUCCUACAGCCUGGCUGGGGUUUUCCCAGGCCCAGAUGCUCAUAAGUGGUCCAGGAUUGUGCUCACGGAAACAGGACUCUCAAUCCAUUUACAACACUGAACAUAGGACCCUUCAACUUGAUUGAGGAGUUAAUUUGGAGGAGUGCUAGCCAUUCAUCAGAACUGAAGAUCGAAUGUGAAAUCACAGAACAACAAUAUGAAUUAAUCAGCCAGUCAUUGAGUGACCCUGAGUAUCUCUGCCAUGAACGGAAAGGCAGACCCUCCAGACACCCCCAGUAUAGGCAUUAAAAUAAAGGAGCCAACCACAGUCAUGGAAACAUGUUCAUAGAAUGUGAUUUUUCUUGGGGACGGGUGCUGGGGGAGAAAAUAUUAACUGUUUUCUUGCGUUCUGUAUUCUUGACUCUGUGGUGUGUGUGGCCUCCCUGAUGGGAGAGCCUGAUCUUUCCAGAACUGCUGAGCUCCUAGAGCCAGCGACGGGCUCACCCUGGCGUGUGCAAGCCAACCAUCCCAAAUCAGUACCCCCAACCAUGCCCUUUAUCUAACUCUUACUCUCCAAGCCAGUGUAUCCCCCGUCCUAAAUCACCCCAAAGCCAGGUACCAGGCAACCAGAGACCACCCUCGGAACCCAGAGCCUGCUGACACUAUUGUAACCGUCCAGUGCCAAGCCCUUCCCAUCAGGCCUUGCCUUUGCCACAGAAAACACAAGCUGCAGCCCAGUCUCUGCACUCACUCCUCCUCCUUUCUGCCUCUCGCCAGACAUGGGAGCUUCCCCAUGCGGCCCCACUUGGCAUGGUGUGACCUCUCCACUUGGAAAACAUGAAGAACAAACAUCUACUUUCAGCGGCACUCUCCGUGCCGUCAUUCAGUCAUCCUCAUGAAUGGCAGUCCCAGGGGAGGACCCUGACAUGUCCCUGCUUAUUGACCCUCCUUGUCUGCAUUUGUCUGCUGUGACCAAGCCCUAGACACAGAAUCUGCACCUGAGGCUGAGGCUGCAGUGGGCAGUGGGGAAGGCGUGCUCGUCUUAGGCGGAGACCCUGGCAGAGCUCCCUCUGUGACAACCUCACUGAGUUACGUGUCCUCUAAGCCCCUGGAGAGUGCUGGAAUGCCUGAACUGUGGCAUAUACACCAUCCAGCCUCCAGGAUACCCCAAGAAAUGUUCUUUAAACACAACCCCCAACAUCUUAUCUACAAAUGGCUUGUGGGUGCCUUCCUAAGACACAAUUGGUACACUAUAAAAUUCACCCUUUUAACCUGUACAAUUCGGUAUUUUUAUUUAUUUAUUAUUUACUUAUUUAUUUAUUUAUUUAUUUAAUUUUAUUUUUUAUUUUUUGAGACUGAGUCUCGCUCUGUCACCCAGGCUAGAGUGCAGUGACAUGAUCUCGGCUCACUGCCAGCUCCACUUCCCGGGUUCAAGCCAUUCUCCUGCCUCAGCCUGCCGAGUAGCUGGGACUACAGGCACCCGCCACCACACCUGGCUAAUUUUUUGUAUUUUUGGUAGAGAGGGGGGUUUCACCGUGUUAGCCAGGAUUGAACAAUUCGGUAUUUUUAAAGUAUUUAUAUGUACAAAGUUUUGCAAUCCUCACCACUAUCUAAUUCCAGAACAUUUUCAUCAUCGCAAAAGAAACUCCAUACUAUUAGCAGUCAGAGCCUGGCCCCUGGUAACCACUGAUUCAUUUUCUGUCUUAAUGAUUUAGCCCCAGGCAUUUCACAUCAGUGGAAUCAUAUGCUACAUGGCCAUUGUAUUUGACUUUUGUACUCGGCAUAAAAAAAGGAUAAACCUAUUCAUUGCAGAUAGUGGAGGUCUCACAUUUUGUUAAUUCUUUCAUCUGUAGAUGGACAUUAGGGUUUUUGCUGUGGUUUGUCUGUUAAGAAUCAUGCUGCUGUAAACAAUGUGUGCGUAAGUGUCUGUGUGAACAUGCUUUCAUUUCUCCUGGAUUUAUACUAGGAGUGGGAUGGCUGGGUUGUAUGGAAACUCUAUGUUUAAUAUUUUGAGGAGUUGCCAUAUGGGCUUCCCAAGCAGCUGCACCACUGUGUCCACCAGCAGGGCACGAGGGUUCCAUUCUCUCCACAUCUUGUUAUCCACCAUCCUUUUCACUGUAGCCAUCCUAGAGGGUGAGAAGUGCUAUCUCACAGUGACUUUGAUGUGCAUUUUCCUAGUAACUAAUGACAUCGAGUGUCUUUGCACAUGUUAAUGAGACAUUUAUGUAUUUUAUUUGAAUAAAUGUCUAUGCAUGUCCUUUGCUAAUUUUUAACUUGGGUCAUUUGUGUUUUAAUUGUUGAGUUGCAAGAGUUCUUUACGUACUGUGGAUAUGAGUCCCUUAUCAGAUAUAUGAUCUGUGUUUAUUUCUCCCAUUCUGUGGGCGGGUUUUUUUUUUUUUUUUCACUUUCUUGAUAGUGUCCUUUGAAGACGAAAGUUAAUUUUGGUGAAGUCUAAUAUAUCUAUUUUUUUUCUUUGUUGGUUUUGCUUUUGGUGUCAUGUCUAAGAAAUGAUUGCUUCAUCCAAGGUCAUGAAGAUUUAUGCCUGGUUGCUUCUCAGGGUUUAAUCUCCCUUUGCUUUUGAUGACUCCAGUGAUGAUCUACACUCUUCUAGGAGGAUAAGGAGGAAAAAUAUUACAGAAAAAUGAGUCAUUCCAAUGCACUCUUUUUUUAGUAAUCCCAAGAGAUUAAUGGCUGACAUCAUAGAGAAGACCAGCACUUAAGACUACAUGGAAAUUAUUAAAUUGUAUAUUUUGGGGAGACUCCCUCUCCUUCUUUCUUUCUUUCUUUACAUGCUGCUGGUGGCCUUCAGGUUUGCCUUCUGUGCAUGUGAAAUAAAUGAGCUUGUUAUUGGCACUGGCUAAUGGAGGCUGCAAGCCUUUGGAGACCUUCCCAUUCCUGUCUCCCUCCAUCCACUCUCCUGAAGUUGAAUUUCUGUUCCUUUUUUUUUUAAUUUUUUUUUUUUUUUUUU